AAAUCAUAUGGUGUGAGCUCCUCAAAAACUAAAUAUGUGUUUGUCAAUAUAUAGUUAACAAAAGAAAUGGACUUCUUUAAAAGAUUUCUCCCUAACUAUUUGGGAUCGGGAAGGAACGCCCAAAGCCCAAACGGCUUAACCGAGAAAGACGCUGCGCCUGUGACACCUGAAAAUAUGGCGACAGCCGAUAGAACUCUACAACUUCGUUCUCCGGACAAUAACCAUAACUAUGAUAAUGAUACAAUUAUGAUGGAGUCACAGCGCAAUGCAGAUGUGCAAAAUACAUUAAAUGUUCACAAUGCGAAUCAACAGGUGAACGUGCAAAUUUCUAAUGUAAGUUCAGUGCACUUGGGUUCCUCAAUUAACGUCAAUGUUGGUGGUACAGUGAGCUCGGAAAAAAAAAUUAGGAACGCCAUUGAGAAAAAAUUUAAUAAAAAAACUCGCACGAUUGACACUAUGAUGAAGUCCCGGGCUGAGCCUAGUCAUAAAAUGUUAGACACAGUAGCUACGCAUCUUGGAAGUGGCUGGAAGCAAGUCAUGCGACAUUUAGAGUUCUCGGAAGGACAGAUCUCACAGUCGGAGUUAGAUAAUCAAGUGCAUGGAACAAAGGAGAUAAUAUACCAACUGCUGUUAGAUUGGGUGAACAAUGCUGAUGACGAAAUAAGAACGUUGGGAUAUCUCACAAGUAUUCUCUGGAACUGUGGACAUCGCGAAUGUGUGUAUAGAAUGAGACAGACUUGGAGGGAAGAACUGGACUCACAAAAAUCUUGAAAGCUCACAUUAAAGACAAAAAAUAUUAUAUGUCGAAUUAUUUUGUACGCAUUUGUUAUUAUUUUAUAAGUUUUGUCCAUGUAAAUAUUCUCAAGUACACACUAUGCCAUUGUAGUAGUAUACAACAAACGAUAUGAAUGGAGCAAACGUACGUCGAAUGAUACGUUCGAAUUCAGCUUAAUAAAACAUAGAAUUGGCAGAAAAAUGUGUAAGAA